UGUAAGGGAAGGGCCAAAAUGGCGGACUCUGAGCAGUCACUUUGGCAUCUUACGGAACAUGAAAUUCCAGAAGGCAGGAGGCAGCUACAGGAAAGUCAUGUGAACUUAGAAAGAGUUGCAGAUUAUUGUGAGGGGAAUUAUAUUCAGGCUGAAGACAAGCGUCAUGCCUUGGAGGAGACAAAAAACUAUACCACCCAAUCACUGGCCAGUGUGGCAUACCAAAUCAACAAUCUUGCUGCAAACUUUCUCAGCCUACUGGAGAUGCAGACCCAGCAGUUGGCUAACAUGGAAUCUGGCAUCAAUCAUCUUUCAGAGAUUGUAAUGAUACACAAAGAAAAAGUAGCCAGGAGAGAGAUAGGCGUGUUAACAACCAACAAGUGCAUCACCAGGCCAGUGGGUGUAAAGAACGGCAUUGUCUUCCCAGAACAACCUGAGAGGCCAGUCAAGUACCGCCGAGAAGACAUUAACUUCUCCUUAUUGGAUGAUAUUGGUCAUGGAGUAAGGGUACAGCAAAAUAACCCCAGGAGUAAACGUUCCAACAGUAUGACCAGUAAGAGCAGCCAAGGUAGCAGUUCAGCGCCUACAACAAAACCACCAACGCCACCUUUGACUGCUAGUGUACAGGGAGGCGGAACAAUAGGGAGGAGGGAAGGAGCUCAGUACAGACAAACAGGACCUGCUCUUGUACAGAAGGUAGCCACUCCCUCUGUACCAAGCCACUAUGCACCAAGUUAUCCUAUGACACAACCAUCACAUAUUCCACAAAAUGAUGUCCCUCACUCAAGACAGAGCAGUGGCUACCGAUCAGCCGGCUACAGAGUCACUCAACAGAUGGGGGUACCUCCUCCCCCACCCCCUAACCAGGUUGGGGGUAUGGGCCACCCUCCCCAGGGACCCCCACAUGCGGGUGCGGGGCACCCACCAAUGGGUGUGGCCCACCCAAUGACACAGCAGAACCACACCCAUAUUCCCCCACCCCCACAGAUGACAGUGGGCUACAGUCAUGGAAUGGGGCUUCCACCCCCGAGUCCUGGACAGAUGUCGCCACCACCUCCACCGCCUCCUAUAUCUGGGAACAUGGGACCUUAUACGGCAGACCUAGCGGAGCCUCCACCCCCACCCCCACCUGCCAUGGGGUUCGAGAAUGGACCAGCAGGCAAUAUCACUUCAGACCUGCCUCCUCUGCUGGAACAUGAGGAAGAAGAAGAUGAAGAGAGCUGUUCAUCAAGUUUGGCUUCAGAAAACUCAAGUGAAGAUUUUUCAUCUGACCUAGAUGAAGAAGCCACACUGUCAGAUGCGUUAGAUGAGCUAGAUGAGGAGCAACACAAUGAUGUGGGCCAGAACCAAGUUGAGCCUCCCUCUUGGACAUAUCCAAUGAACAGUGAAGAAGUCGAGUUAGAAGACCCCACGUUUUUGCCACCCCCUGUAGAAGCAGACAACUGUGCAAUGGAUGAUAUUGAUGAAGAGCCAACUUCACCUCCGCCCCCUGAAUUAGAAAGUGAAAACUGUAUAAUUGAGGAGGAGAAAGAAGACCUUCCCCUCCCUCCUCCCCCAUUUGGUGCCAAUUGUACCAUGAUCAGUGAUUCUACACAAGACCUCACCCUCUUACCGCAGACAGCUGAUAAUGAUAAUGGUGCAGCUUGUGAGUUAGCAGAAGAAGGUCCUGUGGACCUGCCACCUCCUCCCACACACAAUGGAUAUGCUUCUCCAGAGGAGUAUAUGCAAGAUACAAUCACUUUGCCUCCCCCGGAAUAUUAUGAACUAGAAGAAAUAGCACCAGUCUCACCAGAUCUUCCACCUCCUCCCCCUGAACAAUCCCAGAUGGCUGGAGGUAAUUACGAUGACUACUCUCCACCCCCUCCCCCGCCAAAUUUCAUCGAUCAGAACGGCCAGCACGAGGAAGAGGAAGUACAGGAGGGACCUGAUGAUUGGAUUCCAAAAAGCUACUUGGAAAAAGUUAUUGCUGUGUACGACUAUGCACAGGAGAGGGACGAUGAGCUCAGUUUCAACGAAAAUGCAAUGAUAUACGUAGUUAAGAAAAACGAUGACGGCUGGUGGGAAGGGGUAUUUAACGGGAUGACUGGACUUUUCCCUUCCAAUUACGUUGAACCCUGCAUAUAGUGGGUGGCUUCACACUUCACAUAAACACACACUGCUACUGUGAUGUUUGGGUAAAAAGAGCUGACUGUUGGAAGGGCAUAUGAUAUACUAUAAUAACAAUAACAGCAUUAUAACAGUAACAUAUGCAGUAACAGUGCUGUCUUUAGCAGACUGUCAGCUGGUGAGAUGGAGGUGAGAAGGCAGUGGGAAGUUUAUGUGGGAAGAACAGAGGGGUAUCGGUCUGCUGAGCUUCUGUAGUGAUGGGAGAAGUCCAUUGUUGGUGCUUACGACAGCCAAAACAAUAAUAUCACAAGGACAACAACGCCAGAAACAGUGCUGCACAAAGAUGCGACAGAUGUGCUGCUGUGGAAUACUGAUGGAAAUGAUUGGCGUCAGCAGUACCUUGACAUACUAUGUAACAACCGACCAAGAGUUGAUUAUAGCUGUUGAUAAUACUUUCAUUCCCCUGAUCAUAACAGUAACAACAAUCUAAUACUGACACUAACAUAUAACUCGGCGUAAGAAAAUUGACUUCUUUUGUCAGUAUAUUUUUCUGUAAAAGUUAAUAAUGUACAGUGGUUUUGUGCAGAGGCACAUUGGGAUCACUUGAAGUAUUAACAGGUUGCACAGUUUUCUAAUUGGUGACAUUAAACACAAGUUAUGGUAAUGGAGUAGGGGUUAGGGAAGGGCUUACUUCGAGGUAUGGGUCAAGUGUAACUGCGUAACCCACUGAUAGGAAGUAUGUUGAGGUGCAUAUUUAUAUCUGUGAAGUUCCAUACACUGAUUAUUUAUUUAUUUAUUUAUUUAUUUAUUUAUUUAUUUAUUUAUUUAUUUUUGACGAGUGAAAUCAUAGUAUUUAUGGACAGUUGCAUCAGCCUGUCCUGUACAAUAUAUUAUUGAAUUGAGCAGCUUGCUAUUCAAUGGCUUCCACCUAAAAGCAGCACACAUUGGCCUGAAGUUAUGCACAUGCAUUUUUCUUUGCAGUUAGAUAUAUAAUUAUGGUGAAGAGUAAAUACUUUCUAAAUAGGUUAAACAUGUAUCUUAAGUGUGAUACCUUCUUUGAAUCACAUGGAUUGAUCACCUGACUGACCUGUUGAUAUGAGCUUUAUUAAAACUUUUUUUUGCCAGCAUUAAACCUAUGAACCUAAUAAAAAUAUUAUUUUACUGUUAAUAUGUAUUAGGCUGUAAAAAGUUGAGUAACACUAUUAAAAAAAAGUUAAAAUACUGGGUAAAAUUGGAGGUGGGGGGUGGGGAUUUAACUAAAAAGCUAUUGUUCAUUGGUAUGACUGAAGGGACACUUAGCUGAUACAGACACCCCUCCCCUCUUGACUAGAACUUUUUUUUUUUUUU